AUGGCGACUGUCAGCGUCCUCACCUUCGAUCCGGAGGGCUGCCCGAUAGAGUUCGAUUCUUGGCUUGGUGACUUACAGCUGUACUUACUGAGCGACUAUAAGGACGGUAUUUCGCUGUUUGACCUCCCGUCUGGAGCCUCUCUCGCCCCUCUCGACACAGCUGACAGUGCAACUCGCUCGCAGUGGCUUACCCGUGACGCUGCUGCUCGCUUAGCCGUUUGCAAUCAUCUGCCGUUAGCUGAACGCACUCACUUUGGCCAGCACAAGACUGCUAAAGCCCUGUAUGAUGCUGUAGUCGCUCGUUACUCCUCCCCGGCCACUGCUGCUCUAGGCCGCCUUCUACUGCCCUACCUGUUCCCCGAGUUGAACCUCCUUCUCGCCCUUGACCCCACAGCCCUCACUAUCGACCUGCUUGAGAAGCACCUCCUUGCAGUUGAGACUAGCAUAGUCGGUGUAGGCGCUUCUCGUGGCACUCCUCGCACUCCCUUCUUUGAGGGGUACUCGCCCUCCCCCCUUCUCCCCUUAGUCGCCUCUGCUGCAGCUGUUGACUACCUUCGUGCUGAGGAGGUAGGAGCUGCGUCUGCUCCUAGUGGGAGGCGCCGCAGUGGCAGGGGCAAGGGAGGCAGAGGCGGUGGGGGUGGCAGAGGUGGAGGCGGUGGUGGGGGCGGUGGAGGCGGUGGAGGGGGCGGCGGUGGCGGAGAGAGUGGUGGUGGGGGUGGAGGCAUAGGUGGCGGCGGUGGUGGCGGCAGUGGGAGCGGAGGCGGCGGCAGUGGUGGCGGCCGGGGUGGUACCAGCCAGAGGGGAGGCCUUGGCGAUGGUGAUCGCUCUGGUUUGACACGCGAGAAGCCUCACACCCAGUACCGCUGCUUCUCUCGUCUUACUGACGCCUUCUGCGCAGAAUUUCCCGACGCGGCUGAGCUUCCCCGCUGGGCAGAGCUGCUUAGGCAGGGUGUGGAUAUCUUUGCUCUUGAUUAUGAUGCUAUCCUUGCUGCCAUGUAUGCAUUGACUGUUAGUGCUGAGGGUGACUGUUACCUGUGUAUGCCGCCAAACCCAGGUAUAGAGGCUGCUGCUCUAGGUGCUAGUGAGUCUGCUGCUCUAGGUGCUGGUGAGUCCGCUCUCUCGGGUACUGCGUCUGCUGCGGCCUUGCACACCUUCACGCUUGACUCAGUCCUUCCACGUUCCUCCACUAUUCUGCCGUGUCCAGCGGUUCCGUCUGGCUCACUGUCAGGUCUCCACCUCUCCUCGUUCUCUACGAACGUGGUGAGCAACGCCGUCCUUCAGGAUGCGUGGGUUGAUACCUUCACCCCUGGAGGACAGCGUGUGACGAUCUGUACAUGCUCUUGGACUGGCAGGCACCUGGCCACGUUCACUCAUCGGCCUCGGUCGAGUCUGUACACACUGAAGACUGCGCCUCCACAGGUAGCUACGUCUGCGUUUGCGUCAGGUCAGCUAGAGGCCCCCUGCUCGUGUCGCGCCCUGUCGCACGAGACGCUCGUUUGGCACCACCGCCUUGGUCACCCCUCCGUGGCACGCCUUCGUGGCAUGCACUCCCAUCUUCUCUCUGGUCUUUCCAAGUCUCUCUCUCCCCUCCCACCCUCGCUUGCCCCUCCCUGUCUUCCCUGUGUCCAGGGGCGGCAGCGCGCCACUCCUCACUCCUCCGAGUUUCCCCCGACGACUGCUCCCUUGCAGACUCUCCACAUGGACGUGUGGGGCCCAGCCCGCGUCCGAGGACAAGGCUGCGAGUGCUACUUUCUGCUGGUUGUCGACGACUACACGCGUUCCACUACGGUCUUCCCCUUGCGCAGCAAGGGGCAGGUCCCUGAUGUUUUGAUCCCUUGGAUCCGCGCUGUUCGUCUCCAUCUCUGCGAGCGGUUCGAGACGGACCUUCCCAUCCUGCGUCUGCACACUGACAGAGGUGGUGAGUUUUCGUCUAACCUCUUGCGGGAAUUUUGUCGUGGGGAGGGCAUUCGCCAGACGUUCACGCUCCAGGCCUCUCCACAGUAG